AUGGCUGGGAAAGUGAAAACGACCAACGAUCUGCCGAAGGGCGUAGAGAGGUUAAAAGAGGAACACCGACAGGUGGUGACAGACUGCAAAAGUCAGAUAACACAUUGGAGAAAAAUGGAGAAAGACUACGAAAGUCUGCAAGAGCGCCUUGACACAUUGCCUGAUAAACUGUCCUAUGAUAUUAUGGUACCAUUCGGCCCUUUGGCCUUCAUGCCUGGGAAGCUGAUUCACACCAAUGAGCUCACGGUUCUCCUUGGAGAUAACUGGUUUGCAAAGUGUUCUGCUAAACAAGCCCAGACGCUUGUAGAACACAGAAAAAAACACGUAAAUAAUAAACUUGAUGAUUUGCGCAAAGUAAUGAAAAACUUUCAAGAGAGAGCAGGCUUCACAGAAGACCUUGAAAAAAUGACUAGUGCUACAGGAGAUUUUGUUGACAUUAGAGAAGAAGUUGGAGAAGAGGAAGCAGCUACCAAAGGUAAACAUCGUAUGGCCCAUAAGCCCAACUCCAAGCCCAAGGAGGAGUAUGUUGUGCAGUUGGAGGAGGACAUUAGAGAAGAUGGAGAGAGCAAUAAAGGAGUGCUGUCUGAAGACGAACUGUGGGCUCGGCUGGAUGAGCUGGAGCGCUUGGAGGAGGAACAGGAUGAGAGAGACAGAUUGGACAGCCCAGACACCAACGGAGAGGACACUACUUCAUCUUCUUCAGAGGAAGAGAAGGAGGCAGACGCUGGCAAAGUGGCCCAGGUUAAUGGUCAUGGUCAGUGUGAGGACCAGGCUAUUGCCCCUGACGUAGAUCAGGUCAAUGGCAUCUCCAGACCACAGCUUGAUGAGGAGGGUACGGAAGAACAAGAGGAAGAAGAAGCAGAGGAGGAAGUCAGCGGUCUGCCAACCAUCUACUUCUCUCACACAGUUGAGCCCAAAAAAGUGAGAAUAAACACAGGAAAGAACACCACUCUGAAGUUCAGUGACAGGAAAGAGCAAAAACAACAAGGGAAGCGGAAAAAGAAGAACGGCAAAAGCAACGGCCACUCUAUUCAUGAACAUCAUAAGAUUUCAACUCCCGCAGAUAUCUACAGGGUAUUCGUGGAUGUGGUGAAUGGCGAGCCUGUCCCGAGGAAAUCUAUUCUGAAGUCACGCAGCCGUGAGAACAGUGUGUGCAGUGACACCAGUGAGAGCAGCACAGCGGAUUUUGAAGAGCGGCGUGCCUUUUUUGGCCGCACACACAGCUACGAUGAAGCCACCCACAGUGACGCCAGCGAUGGCAUUACUGAGGAAGACGGCCUUUCUCACAUAAGCCUUCGCCCUAAUGGACGCUUUGAGGCUUUUUCAGGCACAGUGGUUGAAAAGGAUCCCCUGCCCUCAUCUAUCCCUCACCUGACCAUUGCCACUCCUGCCCUACCCACAAUCCCUGAAAGAAAGCAGGAAGAGGUGGGCUCAGAAGUGCCCCAGGAGCCACCCAAGAGGGUGUCAAAAUUCAAAGCUGCCCGGUUGCAGCAGAAGUGAUAGACCCACUCUCUGGGAUCUAAUGGUUACUUUUUAACUUCUUUUUGUAAGACUUUAACACUUAUGGGCUCGAUUUGUGUUGUGCUUCUGUCCUGCCCUGUCUGUUCUCUCUGCACUGCUGUACUAUGCUGUCUUCCUCCAGCCAGUCCAGUCUGUUUCUCCUCAAUAUGCUCCAUGUGCUAUGCAUUUUCUAGACAUAUGCUUUUCUUUCUGUUCUUUUUUUUUAAAGAAUGAUGGCAAUGGGAGGUGUUGCCUUUGUGUAGCUUCUCCUCUGCUAAAUUGCCCUGGCACUUUUUUGUGGCAACGACCACAUGCGGCAUCUUCACAAACAUGCUCUUUGCCUUUUGCCUUUUUUGUUCCUCUAAGCCACCGAAGUGAACAAUAUGAAAACAAAAUGUUAGCAUUAGAAAUAUCAUGGCUCCACACUGCGCGCGCACACACACACACACACACACACACACACACACACAUACAUACAUACAUAUACA